CAGCUGAUUUUAUUUCACAUUGCCUAUAUGUUAGCUGUAGUGUAACUAAAUACAUUCACACUGUGAUUGACCAAACUGAAAUUCAGUCAAACUGAAAAAAAUACCCAUGGGAUUGGGAAAAUAGGGGGAAAAAAUAAGCUUUACAAUCCAGCAAAGUGGUGAAGCCCAUUCUGAAUAGUGCAUAUACUUUGAAUGCUAUUUGUAUUUGUUUGUACAAACGGAAUGGAAAGAUCAGGCAGAAGACAUGUAACUUAGUGGAGGGGUGCCAGUCCUGCUGAAGGUAAUUGGAUCACACAUGCAGAGACACACAUGUGAUGCUACAGCAGCUGAGUGCAGGAUUAAAACUGUGGUCUAUUGAAUCACUACUGCAGCAAACCUGUAGUGCUUGAUGUUAUGUUAGCCAUAAUAUUAAUACAAUCUUUGAAAGACAAGCCAAAAGGGAUAUUUCGUUCAAUGCAGGUGAUGUUUCUAUUUGAAAAUGACCUCAUGCCUGGCAUCAAACAUAAUAAUAAUAAUAAUAAUGCAUUUAAUUUAUAUAGCGCUGUUCAAGGUACUCAAAGACACUUUACAUAACAUUUAAAACAUCCUAAAAGCUCUACAAUAAAAACGAAAAUUACAAUAAAAACAAUAAAUAAAAGCAAAACAAAAUCACAUCUCACAUAGCACAUAGUUCAAGGCCAGAGCUGGCAAAAACACUUUGUACAGAUUUCUUUCCAACAACUCUUCGGGAAACAUAGAUAAUUUGGAGACAGGUGUUUUUGUGGUUUCAAAUCUGUUAAAACCAGUUUAGUUACACUUGUUUGACACACUUUGUUGUUGUUUUGUGUGUCUUUGACGUUGUUUGAUGUCACUUUGUGUUUUUUUUUUGUUUCUCUUCUUGGUCAUUUGUUAUCACAUUGUGCUUGUUUUGCUACCUUGCUUAGUUACAUUGUGUCUCUUUCUAGGUGUUUUAUGUUUCGUUGUGGUCAUUUUAAGCCUCGUCCUGGUGUGUCUCUUUGCCCCCGUUCAGUUACCCAUACAUGAGUGUCACCAGGAUGACUGUCUUUAACAUAACUGUGAUUGCUCAACAUUUCUUAAUUAGCAGAGAGCAGACUGACCAGUGUGAAUGCGCCACUUCACAGGUGGAUAUAUUAACCAUUAAUUAAUUAUUUAAAUGAAUGAUGGAGAUACAAGUGUAGGAUGAUAAUAAGAUGCAAAUGUGAAUAGGAGAGGGCUAUACACCAGAUCCUUCACUGUGUUGGUCAGUGUUUGGACCUACUUUUCUGACCGCUGAGAAGAUUACAGGAAAACUACUUAUAAAUAGCACUCCAAACUAGACCAGCGGAGAAGAAACGCACGGGAACCAGAAUAGCACGUCUUAUACCUGUAAGCUAUGAAACAACACGUAGAACUAAAAAAACAACAGCCCCAGUGAUUGGAUCGCUUAUUGGCUUGCUUUCUUAUUGGCUAGCUCGGCCGUCAGUCCGGGCUGCACUUGCUGGUUCGUUCAAACCCAUGACUUAACGCAGGGCGACUCAUCUUUCUCCUAUGCGCCAGCCUUAAGCUUGUGUCGCAGCGUGUCCCUGCUGAGGCGCCGACAGCAUCUGUUGGAGGACACGUUCACUUUGAUCACCUGCGACGUGCUCGUUACCUGCCGCCCGGGGAGCCGUCACACGGAGCAACUAAACGCGUAAAUGGAGUUCCAAUCGUUGUCGUGACUGUUCUCCACCGCCUCUCACCCCGCAGAAGACUGCGUUGAAGUGUGCAGCAGCAUCCACAUACCACCGCGGCUCUCUCCUCUGCAGACAUGGGUACCGUCCUCUCUAUAUCCCCGGCGACGAAGAAGGCAUCUAUUAUGGACGCCGAGCUCGCCAAAAACGACAAGAGCCUCAAACGGCACUCGAUGUUCGUCUCUCUCUCCUGGAAGAAGCUGGUAUCGAAUUCGGCCAAGAAGAGUGCGAAGAAAGUGACCCCGAACCCGCUGCCCGCGCGCGAGCUCCCGUCCAACCAGGUGGCUCAGCUCAACAGCGACAACAUCAGGAAGACGCACCAAACCGAAGAGAAGAAACCCAAAGCGCCGAUCCCGGUGCCGGUGCCCACGGUACCCACGAAAAACGGUGAUGGCCUCGUCCAAAACGGGAGGCUUUCCACCGUUCACAAGCAGCCCAGCGGCCUGGCUGUGGUGUCACCGAGGCGGAUAGUUAUCCAGGCGUCCACCGGGGAGCUGCUUCGCUGUUUGGGGGACUUCAUGUGCCGCAGGUGUUUUAAACUAAAAGAGCUUAACAGCGGAGAGGUGAUCCUCUGGUUCCGCAACAUCGACCGGACUCUUUUGCUCCAGGGCUGGCAGGACCAAGGCUUCAUCACGCCGGCCAACGUGGUGUUCGUGUACCUGCUGUGCGAAGACACGAUAGCGGACAGCAUCGACAGCCCGGCCGAGCUGCAGGGCACCUUUCAGACGUGCCUCUACCUCGCCUACUCCUACAUGGGCAACGAGAUCUCCUACCCGCUCAAGCCGUUCAUGUCCGAGUCGAACAAGGACGUUUUCUGGGAGAUGUCGCUCCGGAUCAUCAACAGGCUGAGUGCCAAAAUGCUUCAGCUGAAUGCAGACCCGCAUUUUUUCACCCAGGUCUUCCAGGACCUUAAAAACCAACGAGAUACGAGCGAGGCGAACCUGGACCGCUGAACCAAACCAAACAAGAUGGGUUUUUUUUUAAAAAAAGAUGAAUGUUUUGCAAAAUCACACAACGGUGGUUUUGAAUGUACAAGGCCAACGUUGAAGGCUUCUCGCGCCUGGGCUGAAUAUCGCUCUCUCUCUCUCUCUCUCUCUCUCUCUAAUGAUGUUACACAACCUCAGUGUGGUGUUUAGGAUACAGUGUAGGAGACUUCAUACAUGCAUGCCAAUGGUAAUAUUGUCCUCUUUUGUCUUGUCCCGUUUGAGUGACGCAGGGAUUGACUUGGUGGUACAGAUCACAUCCUACGUGACACCCCACUCCCCGUUUCAUUCAUGAUUAACCUACUUCCUGUGCGGCUGGAUGUCGCAUUGUGGUGAGCUUCGAGGCAGCGCCAGAAUAGAUGCGUGUGUCUGUGCGCGCGCGCGCGUGUGUGUGUGUGAGAAGUCGAGAGGCGGAGCUGUCCGAGGUGCUGACCUGUGCAGCCAUUUAUCCUCCGCUCCCUGCUAUUUGAGUCACCUCGCCACAACAGAGCCAAGCGUGGCUUAUAAGGUCCAUAGUGAGCCCAACACACUUUCAGCGCAUAAGCCUAAGCCUUGUAAGUACAAGUAUAUACAGCAUAUUGUGCUUUUUUAGAUUCUCUACCAGCUGAUAGGUAAGCUGUUCAACUUGCAGCAGAUGAUCAUGAGUUAAGGGGACACACCACAUUAGUAGAUAUUCCUCUAAGGUUAACAGAGGUGAACAGCUAGUUUAGUCCAUUUACUGCUGAAAAGCCUAGAAUGUAACUGUUUUCAGCUUCUGUGAUCAAAACCACCAAUUUAUUCAUAUAAACCAACUCAUAUUUAAAAUAAGUGGUUUUUCGACGACAAACAACAUAUAUGUCCUGUUCAAUGGGCCGUUGGUUCAAGUUGAUCAUGAGGGUGGGUGGCAGAAAUGUAUCUCCCAUGUGAUAAACCGCACAAAAUGGGCUCCUAGGUGGUCAUACAGCAAGGUUAUCAACCCAAGGCCCCCGUUGUGUAUUGUUUUCCAAUACAUUGUAGAGGCCAACGUAUCUAUAGAGACUUAAUUGAAUGUACAGUUUUUCAAGAGAUUGUUUUAAAAUCUCAUAUGUGCCAACUAUCAAAUACUCUUGGCCUGAAACUUUGUGGUUUACAUGUAGAUAUCCCACAUUUUAGAUGUGCGCUGUAUUUUAUUUGUAUCUGCCCGUUUUUGAAGGGGGCUGUAUAUGAUGUAGUUCAAGAGCGUAAUGGUCAAAUGGUAUUUCUGCCCUGCUUCGUAAAUGUGUUGUGAUCCUCAGUUUGCUGGGUUCACAUUCAGUGUGGUCAAUUCAGGGAGGAUGUUUCCUCGUGAUGUAAAUAUUGAAUGUUAUAAAGUGACUAUCAUUUGCACACAUCAUUCCAGUUUCUAUAAGCUACAUGUGAUUUGACUCCAACUCUGAAACCAAGCUUAUAGGGCAACCUUGACAGUAAUUGUUCAGUAUUAUGCUUCUAAGUGAUCAUUGUGAUGUUGUGUUGUGAGCCCAUUGCUUGCAAAGUGGAAUAUAAUGCUGCUAUUUUGCACAGCUGUGGACAAACAUGUGAUGUUUGGAACAGUGGUAUAACAUAUUGGUCAUGUACCAGUGUUUGCUGUUAGGCACGGAAGUGUUUUCCAUUCAUUUUGCAGUUAAAGUCACCAAGUUUUGCUCUACAAAGAUCAUUUGGGAAUUAGAUCUUUUGUAAGUAGUUUUUUUUCCUGUGUCAGCGACGGAAAGUUAUAUUUAAAUGUGCUUGUUGUCUGUGGUUGCACCACAGUUGCAUUCACUCUCUCUACAUGUUAAUAAAAGGUCAAUACAAUAAUUGUUUAUGGUGACAAUGAUCAAAUAAAUCCAAACUUC